CUGAGAAAAUUCAGUCAAACAAAAUCAUCUGAACACCAUUCCAAAAUUUCUUCACAUAUUCAUAUAUAUACCCUUCUCUCCCCUUCACCAAGUCAUGUCGCGUUUGAACUCCAGGGAUGAGGUGCCCCGGGAUAGGGAUCUGGCUCAGGAGCUGCGCCAGGAGAUUAACCGUCAUUCGCAAGAGAUCAGCUUUAAUUUUUGGCAAGAGUUCGAGCACAUCCGUUCCACACAGCAAAGGCGAAUGGUAGAGGAACGCCUGCAACGCGAAAGGAUUAACACAAUGAUGCGGGAUGGACAGGAGGCGGCGAACCAGGAGGCGGAGGCCUUGAGUCGAUCGAUCAGUGCCCAGGGCAUGACCAUGGAAUCCACUAUGCUACCUACCCCACAGCCCACCACCAAUGUCACGAACUCUCUGGUCCAGGCAGUCAGAAAUGUCUCACAACGGAUGAGUCCUUCGGUUAAACGUCGCAACCAGGCCAAGCCAAGUUUCCAAGCAUCAAAGACCUCCAAAUCGAAGCCGAAACCAGAAAUAGAGAGUGGGUCCUUGAGGAUCUCCCCGGCUCCCUCAAAUAUUCCAAGGGCCCCGCCCACCUCCAGAGCCACAAUGGUCUCGCCCAAUAUUUCGAACCGUACCACUCCGGAUAUAUCCAAGAUUCGGUUAGCCAACAAGCCCAAGAAAUAAAGAUUAAAGCUCAUAGCCUCACAAAAUUGAUAUACUUUAAUGAGAAACAUUUACAAGACAUUAUGGAUCCAUUUGAGUUUUUCUU